AUGUCACUGUCAGAAUCAGAACUUGAUGCUAUGUAUCUGUGCUUAAGCUUUAUUUCUAUGUGUUCAUUCCAACAAAAUAAGGCUGAAGAAAUGCGGAAGCAAGAAGGGCUGGAGAGUUUGCAGUUCGCAUCACAGAGCCCUGCUCAGCAGCAGCAAUAUGGGGCUGAAACUCAAGUUCUUAAUAGCAAUGUUGUCUGUCCCAUUAACUAUGGUUCUUUGGCGAGGUCUCCCCUCCAUGUAAAUGGUUUAGAGGACACGGCCAUUGAGAUAAUGAAAUCUUAUAUCCGUGGUGGGCAUCCAAUUGAGGAUUGUGCCUUUCUGUGGAAUGCAACAACAGCAUUAACUGGUGGACAGGCUUCAGGGUGCGUACCAAUCAUUUGUCUUUGA